UAAUGAUCGUUUAGUUGGUUAGUAAACGCCGGAACGUCAAGCGGUCAGAAGCAGAUCAACGGCACGACAGCAUGAAGAGCUUGUUACUCGUUUUAUGUCACACGGUAAUCGUGCUGCUGCUGUUGGUGAUGGACGUGUCUGGCCAGAACAAUACACUACUGGUGCAUCCCUGCGAUCCUGGUACGGAGGCGUUCGUCUGUUCGGUAGCGAGUUUCGUGUACAAUACCGGCAAACAGCAGCAUUCGAAAUUGAUUCACACAGGCGACAAUCGUAAUGUGCGGCUAGGCUUUCCGGAUUCAAAAAUACCUUACGUGCUCAGAAGUCGAGGCGACCCCACCAUCCCCACUUACGAUGCCAAACUGCACGAGGAACUCAAUCGGCCUCCAGCCGUGCAAGUAUCACUGGCGCGAAUGCGUAAGCUAGAAAUUCCGAUGGACUUGCAGUACGGUGACUUUACCCAAAACAGGAUCGUGGAGGUGAUCGCUCCGGAACCGGCCGAUUCGGGCUCACAGUAUGCCCUUCGUUAUCUUGAUUUGUCCAGAAAUUCGUUAAGCGAUAUGGAAAAGCUACAUGUGCUCGUGAAUCUGGAAACGCUUAUACUGGCGUACAACUUCCUGGAAACGCUGGAAAACACGGUGUUCAGAGGCAUGCACAACCUCACCACGCUCAUACUGUCGGGGAACGGAUUCGAAGAGUUGGAUCUCGCAAUACUCCCACCCUCGUUGGUGUGGCUGUGGGUGGACGGAUGCUAUAUACGAACACUAAGCUUGGAAGGGGCACAUCUACCGGCGCUGGAAAAACUUGCGGCGAUUGAUAAUAACCUGCAUUCUCUGAACGUCACUAUGCUGCAAACUGUGGCACCGAAUCUAGAGGAAAUAUUCCUGUCGGAAAACGUAUUCAACAAGAAAACGAUUGACGCCUUGCAUGUUGCAUUGGACCAAGCCGGUAUCGCGCAUGAUGGAUUUGAAACGUAUGGCGAUCUUUUGCGUAUUCAUUAUCCGGAAUUGCAUAACGACAUGUCCGAUAUCCAAGAACAUCUGGAAUCGUGGGACGCAAUCAUAAGCAUCAUGGCGGUUGUGUUGAACUUGUUGUGCAUUUUCGGUUGGGUUGGGUAUCGCGUUUGGCAGACGAAAAGGCAACGCGGGCAGUUUAAUGUGGCUUAAACGGGAAUCUAGUAUUCCAUUGUCUGAACCAAGUCAACUCGCUGAUUUGUUAAACCACCGAUUGCUGCGACCCCCAUUUUAACGUGUCCCGUCAUCACAAUAGUUAAUAAACGAACGCCAUCUUAAUGAUAGUGAUGCUUA